CGCGCAGUUGCUUUCAAUUCAAAUUCAAAUAAUGUAUGGCCAUUCAAUUAUUUCUUGAUACUUGUCACUCAACUACGCUCCGACAAGAUCGUUGUUGUUUUUAAUUAUAACUUAAGUUUGUUCUAAUUGUGUAUAGUUUUAUCACUAAGAUAAAUCAUGGACGGUCCCGCAGGACCAUCGCCAUGUCAGCUACGAAAGGGAAGAGACGAAACCAUGGAACGAUUGAGCGCUAAUGACAGUGGCAGUUGUCAGAAUGACAGCUGUCAGUGUGACAGAACACAGAACGAAGUCAAAAUAAAUAGCAAGAGGUUUGGCAGGGGAGCAAUAGAAUCAGGUUUAACACACGAAUGCGGCGUGUUCGGCGCAAUCGGCACAGGGGAAUGGCCGACUCAAGUGGACGUAGCACAAGUUAUAUGCCUCGGGCUUGUCGCGCUGCAGCACCGAGGUCAGGAAUCAGCGGGUAUAGUGACGUCAGAGGGCAAGAGCGCACGCACGUUCAACACACACAAGGGCAUGGGUCUUAUCAAUAACAUAUUUAAUGACGAAGCCAUGAGGAAGCUAAAGGGCAACCUUGGAAUUGGACACACGCGGUACUCGACAUCAGCCGCGUCCGAGGAGGUGAACUGUCAGCCGUUCGUGGUGCACACCGCGCACGGGGCGCUGGCCGUCGCGCACAAUGGCGAGCUCGUCAAUUGCAGCAGCCUACGAAAGAUGGUGUUAGGUCGAGGAGUGGGACUAUCCACACAUUCAGACUCCGAACUGAUCACACAAGCUCUGUGUCUGAACCCACCGGAGGGAGAGACCAAUGGCCCCGACUGGCCCGCUAGGAUCAACCAUCUUAUGAGGCUAGCACCUCUAAGUUAUUCCCUAGUAAUAAUGCUCAAAGACAAGAUAUACGCAGUGCGGGAUCCGUACGGCAACAGACCUCUCUGCCUUGGCAAGAUUCUUCCAUUGGGUUCCUCAUAUGUCUACAAAUCGUCAUCAUCGAAGCAUGCGGCUGUCCUUAUGAAUGGUUCUGCGAAGAACGGCGUGGAGGACAGGGCUGAAGGCUGGGUCGUGUCAUCUGAAUCCUGUGGAUUCCUUUCUAUCGGCGCGCGCUACGUGCGCGAGGUGCUGCCCGGCGAGAUCAUCGAGAUGUCGCGGCACGGCGUGCGCACCGUGGACGUGGUGGAGCGCCCCGCCGACAAGCACCAGGCCUUCUGCAUCUUCGAGUACGUGUACUUCGCGCGGGCCGACAGCAUCUUCGAGGGUCAGAUGGUGUACUCGGCGCGCCUGCAGUGCGGCCGCAUGUUGGCGCGCGAGUCGCCCGUGGACGCCGACAUCGUGUCGUCCGUGCCGGAGUCCGGCACCGCCGCCGCGCACGGAUACGCACGACAGUCGGGGAUACCCUUCAUGGAGGUCCUGUGCAAGAACCGAUACGUCGGCAGAACGUUCAUCCAGCCCUCGACGAGACUGCGCCAGCUGGGCGUCGCUAAGAAGUUUGGUGCGCUGUCGGAGAAUGUGCGCGGGAAACGGAUCGUGCUCAUAGACGACUCGAUCGUGCGAGGAAACACGAUUGGACCGAUUAUCAAGUUGUUGAGGGACGCGGGAGCGGCUGAGGUACACAUAAGGAUAGCAUCCCCGCCCCUCAAGUACCCUUGCUAUAUGGGCAUAAAUAUCCCAACGAGAGAGGAGCUCAUUGCUAACAAAAUGGACUCAUUUAAACUUGCUGAACAUGUCGGCGCCGACAGUCUCGAAUACCUGAGCGUGGAGGGUCUAGUGAGCGCGAUCCACUACAACAUGAAGGUGACGCCCAGCGACGGAGUGGGCGGCCACUGCACCGCGUGCCUCACCGGGGAGUACCCGGGCGGCCUGCCCGAUGACGUCGACUGGUGAAAAUAGAACUAAUUCUGUUUGCAGUAAGGAGCAGUUUCUCGUAACAUAAGUGUAACAAUGACGUCGUUUUCGGCGGUUAUUAGUGAGUACGGAGCGAUAUAAUAAGGUCUACAGAGCAAAAACAAACGUGAAAUAUGAUAUGUUUACUCUUCCUUUAUAUACAUAAUUGUAGUACAACAGAAUACUUAAUAAUACUUCCAGGACGUUUUUAUAUACUCUGUGGAAGUCCAUAGAUAUUUUUAAAAAGUACACAAGAUAUGUUGUGAAAUAGUUACAUGGUAUGUUUAUAUAGUAAUAAUACGGUAAACAAUUUAAAAUAAAAUACCUCUUAUUUGAAUAUCACAUAAUAAUACUCAAAUAUUGCAAAAUAAAAUACCGAAACUCUUAUAUGUUAAUGUAAUAAAUCUGGUACUAACAUAUUUCUGUCCUUUGUAUUGGGUACCAUUCAUUUAUUACGUAAGACUAUUUUCGCUUCUUUUUGACCCCCUCCCCCCUAAUAUAAGAAAAAAUAAGAACUGGCCGACCCCCUCCCUCCCUGUUUAAAAUUUAUUUCGUAAGAAUCUAAAGGAGAAAAUGAAUACACGUUUGGUUUAUUUUACUGUUUAUUUUUCAAUGUAACAACUUUUUGAAAUGUGUUUAUUUGUAAUUUCAAAGAUUCUAAAGUUACGCAUCCGAACCUCAGCUAUCGCGUGGUUUCCCGCGUUUUAACAAAUAAUUUUAUUUUUUUUGAUCUUACGUAAGAAUUAUCGAAACUCCUUCCCACCCCUUUGUAAGAAAACAUAAAACAUGUUCGACCCCCCUCCCCCCGAAAUCGUCUUACGUAAAAAAGGAAUAGCCCCUUGUCUAUAAUAUUAUAAACAGUUGUUUUCAAAGAUAAAUAUUAUUUUUUCAUAAAAUUACUUUAUUAAAUAUGAAAUUUAAUAUUUUGGGUUUUAUGAUUUAAAACCAAAUAAUAUCGAAUGUAAGUAAGUAUUGGAAUCUAUAAGUUACUUAAACUUCACGAAUAAUAUUCUCGGUAAUAAAGUACAAAGACGAUUGAAAUAAUUAAAAAAUACGAAUGGAUUUCAGAGGUUUUACUGAUUUUAAAGGAAAUUCUUACUAAAAUUCUAAUAGCUCUACAGUUAUCUUAGUUUUAUACAAAAGACUAACGUUUUUACCUAAAAAUAAACUAUAGCGAAUAGGGACCAGAUAUUUGAAUAUCAGCCAUUCUGCAUUUAGUUAAUAUUACAUUGGUGUAAAUUUGCGUUCGAAAAAGAAAAUAUUAAAAAAAAUAUAAUUAUGUUUAGUUCUAAAUUUAAUUAUAAUUGCGCAUAAUUUUAUGUGUAUUAUGUAAUAUGAAUAAUGUUUUGUUUUUCUUAUAUAAAUCUAAUUCUUUUAUAUAUUAAGGUUGUAUUUUAAAGUUUAUAGUUCUAUUUCUUUAGAUUUAUUCUUUUUUAGUCGUGCUGGUUUCGACGAAUAUAUUAUUAAUGUUUAGAAAUUUAAAGGGAUGAUUUCGCGCAAUAUUGUUGAAUGAGUAACGAGCAAGUUUCUCCUUAUCCUGAAGUUCCUUUUUAUUGGCGUCCUUUUCCUUCAUAGCGAUAUUAUAGUUAGCGCGAAUAAGACGCAUAUACUCUAUUGUUUAAUGAAAUUUAUAUUUUAAUUGUAUUCUUUAGAUCAAUCUGUAUCAAAUUCAAAAGGUAACAGUAGUUUGUUAAAAAAAAGUUUAUAUUAUAUAAAACAAAUGUUAUAUUAAUAACUAUUAUUAUAAAAGUUUAGUUAGUCAUGGACUUCCCGAUAAGAAUAUAUAUUUGAUUUACAGGAAAGAUUUAUGGUCAAUUUAUGUCUACAUAGUUGGUCCAUGGAAAACUAAAUUGUCAUCUGGAUAGUUCAUUAUUCGAUUGUUUGAUUUUCUGUUGGCUUAAAUAAGUUCUCGAAUAUAGUUCCUUAUCGAAUAGGAUAGAUCUGAAUUGUUUUCUGUCUUAUAAAAUAGAACUAAGAGUAUUUACAAUGUACAUUCCGAUGUUUUAUUUGAUAGAAUUUAUAAUAAAUAAAUAUUUUAGGGACACUU